UAUAUUUAUAUUUUCUAUUAUAUACUGCGAAUCGACAACUCUGGACAAAAUAGUGAUUAUAUUUUUAACUUUGAUUUUAUUUGUAGACAAAGAAAAUUUUAAGUUUAUGAUCUCUAGUGACAACUUUAUAAUUACAAUCAGAAUGAAUAGAUAUUAGUGUAAACGGCUUGAUAAUUAGUCAUGCCAGGUUUAGAAGAAAGUAUUCCACGCGAUACAAGUCCACCUACGCACAGCCUAAUGUCCGAUGGAAUCGUUUCCGAGCAAAUAAAAAAAUUUUUGUUUACUUCUCGUAAAACUCAAGAUAACGUACAGUGUAACGAAAGUUUAGAGAUUUAUAUUCCGGAGUUACUUCAAGCUAAUUAUAGUUUCUAUACAUGGCCUUCAGCACCUGUAUUAGCUUGGUUUCUUUGGGAACAUAAAGAAGAACUUAUUGGGAAAAGAGUAUUGGAACUUGGUUCAGGUACAGCUCUUCCUGGAAUUUUAGCUAGUAAAUGUGGUGCAAUAGUAACUUUAAGUGAUUCUGCUAAUUUUCCUAGAAGUCUACAACAUAUAAGAAGAAGUUGUGAAUUAAAUGGUAUUUUAUCUCAAGUUCAAAUUGUUGGUAUUACAUGGGGUUUAUUUUUGUCUAGUUUAUUUUCAAUUGGACCAUUAGAUUUAAUUCUUGGUUCUGAUUGUUUUUAUGAACCAGCAUUAUUUGAAGAUAUAGUUGUUACAGUGGCAUUCUUAUUAGAAAGAAAUCCAAAUGCAAAAUUUUUAUGUACUUAUCAAGAAAGAAGUGCAGAUUGGACAAUAGAACAUCUAUUAAAUAAAUGGAAUCUUACCUGCACUCAUAUAUCAUUAGCUGGACUUGGCACAGAUUCUGAUAUAAAUAUACAUGAAUUAAUGCAAGAUCAUACAAUUCAUUUAUUAAGUAUACAACGUGCAGCUUAAAUAUUUUUUGCCAUGAUUAAUCGAUAUUUAAUUUUUAUACAUAAUAUUCCAUGGACAAUUUCUCGUUACGAACUUGAAAAAUACUUUUCAACAUUUGCUAAAAUAAAGAAUACAAAAAUUAUAUUUGAUAAAAAUGGCUUAAGUACAGGUCAUGGAUUUAUAGAAUUUUAUAGUAAAUUAGAAAUGAAUAAUAUACUUCGUAAAAAUCAUAUUUUAGAGGGCGAGUUAUUACAUAUUACAGAAGUAACUAAAUAUUUAUUUGAAAGAUAUAUUAAACAGUUUGAAAAUACAAGAUAGAUAAAAUAAUAAAUAAAACAGCAUAAGUUAUAGCAUAAAUUUAAUUAUUAAUCAUUAUUAAUAUAUCAAAAUAUACAUCAAAAUGAGUCUUGAAAAAACAUUCAAUAAAGCAACGCAUUAUUUACAGUUAUUGGCUUCAGAAUUAAAUUCUACAGAACUUUUAAAAUUUUAUGCUUUAUACAAGCAAGCUACAAUUGGGCCUUGUAAUAUUUCAAAACCUAAUUGGUAUCAAAUGCAAGCAAGACAAAAAUGGGAAGCAUGGAAAAGUCUUAAUGACAUGAGUUGUGAUGAUGCUAUGAAUAAUUAUAUACAAGAAUUAACUAAACUUAAUCCUAAUUGGGAAGAAAAUGUACAAUGUGAAUCUAGUAAUUGGGUUGCUAUUAGUCGGUUUAUAAAUAUGGAAGAUGAAAUAAAUGAUGUGGAUAAAACUUUUUUGGACUGGAUAAAAGAAGGACAAAUAGAAAAAGUACAAGAAUUAUUGGACAAAGAACCAAAUCUUAUAAAUAUAAUGGAUUCAGAAGGUUUAUUACCCAUUCAUUGGGCUGCAGAUAGAGGACAUUUGAAAAUUAUAGAACAAUUAAUUAAAAAAGGAGCUAGUAUAAAUUCACAAGAUGAAGAUGGACAAACACCAUUGCAUUAUGCAGCAUCAUGUGGACAUCUUGAUGUUGUAAAAUAUUUAAUUUCUAUUGGAGCUGAAUCUAUAAAAGAUAAUAAUGGUAUGAUACCAAAAGAUAUUGCUGAUGAACAUUUAAGAAGUAUAUUAUAAUUAAUAUUAAUAUAUCUAAUUAUAUAUCUAAAAUAUAUCUAAUAUAUUAAUAUAAUUAUAUCUAAUAUAUCAAUUAUGUAAUAGCUAAGUUUAUUAAUAUAUAUUAAUAAAUUGAAUUAAUGAUUU